AUUGCCAUUUCCUCCAAAAAUUCAUCCGGAACAAGAAAAAGUCGGAAAAACUCGGUCUUUGCAGCACGAGUGCGAUGAACGCGAGGAAUCUCCGACUAUGGCAGAAAAGUUCCCUAAUUCUCGAACAAGUAUUAAUCGGGAGCAGAUUUUACAGCACGAAAUCGAAUCCAACGGUUGAUUUAAGGAAACUUCGACCCGUGAUUUUGAAGCGGAUUGAGGAACGGGCCAAGGAAUAUCCCGUCAGAGGCAUGCUUCCCUUAGCCCACGAAGUCCUCCAGGCCCGAACUGCUCUAUACGACGGCGUUUCGACCCUCAUCCACCACAUUCCCAUCUGGGCUUGCAAAUACUGCUCAGAAGUUUAUAUAGGCGAAGGCGGUCACUUAAUUCGAACAUGCCAUGGUUUCCACCGCCACGCAAAGAACAAGGUCCACAGUUGGGUUAAAGCAAACACGAACAACGUAGUAAUCCCCGUCGAAACUUUUCAUCUGCAGAAAAUGUUCCAGGAUGUAAUAAAGCACCACGAGAGAUUCGAUUACGAUCGAGUCCCAGCAAUAGUGGAGCUCUGUUUACAGGCUGGAGCAGAUUCCAAUCAUCAAAACGGGCUCGAAAAAAAUAAUAAUAUUUUAAAUUCACUGUCGGAAGACGAGUUGAGAUUCGUAGCCACGCAAACUCUGAGGGCAUGGGAAGCACUUCGAAGUGGGGUCCACAGGUUGCUGUUUGUAUAUCCGGCUAGGGUUUGUAAGCACUGUUCGGAAGUGCAUGUCGGGCCUUCGGGGCAUAAAGCCCGAAUGUGUGGGGUGUUCAAGUAUCAGAGUUUUCGUGGGGCCCAUUUUUGGGAGAAGGCAAAGGUGGAUGAUUUGGUUCCUCCGAAUAUGGUUUGGUCCAGGCGGAGACAAGAUCCGCAGAUACUUGUGGAUAAAGGAAGGGAAUAUUACGGUCAUGCCCCUGCGGUGGUGGAUUUGUGCAGUAAGGCUGGUGCUUUGGUCCCUUCGAAAUACUUUUGUAUGAUGAAACUGGAUGGAUUGACUGCUCCGAAUUGAAUGAGGUGGCGGUUUUUUUCAUGGUGCUGCUUUCGACUAGUAUAGAUAUACGAGAAGGGAGUAUUUUUCAUGGUUCCAUUGAUUUUAGAGAUUGAUUAACAAAUACAUGUGACAUUUUCUUAUAAUUUUGUCUAGAUAAUAUAUAUCCCUGUCCAAAUAAAACGGUCUCGUAGAUGCUACAUCUGGUGGUAAAAUACAUACGGUAGUUUUCUACAUUUGAUUUUAUGCAAAAUCGCACGAAUGUACACAUAUGUUGAUGUGUGUAAAUA